AUGGAUAUCUUGGAAAACAUUCCGAGAGUUAGAACAGAUGGACCACCAUACUGGUUAAUAUUUGUUGGUCAAAACACAAGAUACUGUGAAGCCAUACCAUUAUGGUCCAAAAAUAUUUUAGAUGUGAAAACUGCUUUGACAAUAUUCGUUGACAAAUACCAUCCAACAAAACUGACAUCUGACUGUGAAAGUUCUUUCAAAUCAGAUGAUGUAAAAAACUAUCUGCGUUCAAAAAAUGUAAACCAAUAUUUCAUUGUCGACCAAAACCAUUCUGCUCUUGGUGUCAUUGACGGUUGUAUAAAAAUGUUAAGAGACUUAAACCAACCACAAGGUGGUGAAGCAAAUGAAAUGUCAUAUAACGACAAGUAUAGACACUUCUCCCAGGCAAAGAUGAGACAAGUUUUAAAUAUUUACAAUAACCGUAAACAAAAAGGUUUGGGAAACCACUCCCCCGAAGAAAUGAAAAACAACCCUGACUUAGAGAAAGACUAUAUAUUUAAUAAUUUAGUCAAAAGAGACAAACAAGAAAGAAUGCCGGGCUUCAAACUUCAGAAAGGUGACAAAGUAAAAAUAGAAAUACCUAAACGCGACCCAUAUGAAAAUACUAUUGACUAUAACAACAAUGGGAACCCGACAG